AUGGGGUUGCCCAAUUGGAACUUUGGAGGCAGCAAUUAUGAUGGAAGUGAUUUUGAAGGUCAAGGGUAUGUUGGAAGUGAUAUGGGGCUGUCUCCGGUGAAUUAUGGAGGCAUUACUAGUGGAAGUGAGAUGGGUGUGGGGAUGUUCCCUAAAAAUGGGAAUAGUAUUGUAGGUUGCAGUUGGGAUACUGGAUUGGGUACUGCCGGUAGCAUGGUCACCGAAGGUGGUGCCGAGAGUCGUAUAGAGUUUCCUCGUGGGUUUUCGGAAAGUGAUGCAGAGCUGCCUCAGGAACUAUUUGGAGGUAGCAUUGUUGGAAGUGAUGAUGGGCUUCCUUAUGAUGUUAGCAAAAGUUGGCAGAAUCUAUUUUCUUUUCCCUGA